GGAUUAUUAAUUUUGAAUGCCUGCUGGAUUUUCAUAAUGCUUGUAGAAAAUCAACUGGAUCCAGAUCAUCAAGGAACACUGGGGAGAAACAACCCUUUAUGGAUCCUUGGCUUCCCUUUUGUACACAAGUAAUUAUAAUAAUUUCUAUUCCUGCCAGGAAGAAAGAUGGAGGUACGGGACUUGCCCAGAUCCCAGGCAGGAAAGAGAGCGCCAGUGGCGGGAAGAGUUCAAACUGUGGCAACGUGGGAUUGUCUGAAGGGUUUCACUACAUCUCAGAUUAAGCAAGAACCGGAAGAGGGGCUGGACCAGUUGUGUGAGAUCCAGAAAAGAGAAGCUCUGAGGGCUCCAUAUUUGGAUGGAAGAAACUCUCCAUCUUCUCAGUCCUUAGCAGAGAAUAACACUAGGCCGCCUUUUAGCAGAAAGGCCGAUAUCCAUCAACAGUCCUUCAGAGGAAAAGCUGCAUCCGAAACCUUGGUAGGUCCAGGUUGUGUGGAAGAUCCCGGAUUUUAUAAAGGCCUGGAUUCCCCAAUGGAAGAGAAGGAAGAGUUGGUGAAGGAUGCCAGUGUGGCACUACGAUGCCAGCGCUUCCGGCAGUUUCGCUUUGAGGAAGCUGAAGGGCCUCAGAAAGUGUUUGGUCAACUCUGGGACCUCUGCUGCCAGUGGCUGAAGCCAGAGCGUCACUCUAAGGAGCAAAUCCUGGAGCUGGUGAUCUUGGAGCAGUUCCUGAUGAUCCUGCCGCUGGAAAUGCAGAAGUGGGUUCGGGAACAGUGUCCAGAGACGGGGAACAAGGCAGUGGCUUUGGCUGAGGAUUUCUUUCGGAGGCUGCCACAAGAUGAGCAGAGGGAAGAUCUGGAGGACUUUCCUGAUAAACCUUCCAAUUCCGAACUGGAUCCGUUGGAUAUUGUGAAAGUUGAGGUCCCCAUGGAUGGAGACAGAAGCUCCGACCAUCCACAGUACUUCCUUGGAGAAGGGACAGACUUGCCCAAGGGGAUGGAGAGCAGCAGGAGGAUGAAGGCCACUUUUGACUCUCCUCCAAGGAGCCAGAAAGUCCCACUGAAGGAAAAACUGCACAAAUGCCAAUACUGUGGGAAGCUCUCUGACUGCCGCGCCCACCUGAUUAUUCACGAGCAAACCCACACAGGGGAGAAACCCCACAAAUGCUCAGCCUGUGGGAAAAGCUUCACCCGGAAGGAAUCUCUGAUUAUCCACAAGAGGUUCCAUACAGGGGAGAAGCCCUACAAAUGCUCGUUGUGCGGCAAAACCUUCCGUGAUAAAAUCGGGUGCCUCAUCCAUGAGAGAACUCACACUGGGGAGAAGCCGUACAAAUGCUCCGAGUGCGGGAAGAGCUUUGGCACUCGUUGUAAUCUCCUGAGGCACCGGAGAGUUCAUACAGGCGAGAAACCUUACCGUUGCUCUGACUGCGGUCAGAGUUUCCGGUACAGACCACAGUUAGUGAUCCACGAAGGAACCCACAAGGAGGAGAAGCCUUAUAAAUGUGCAGACUGUGGAGAAACCUUCAGUCAGACGCGGCAUCUGGUGAUCCAUAAGUGGACUCAUACGGGAGAGAGGCCUCACCAAUGCGCUGUCUGCAGUAAAAGUUUCAAUCAAAAGUCGGACCUUAUCACACACACCAGGACCCACACUGGGGAGAAGCCAUAUGUCUGCUCCGAUUGUGGGAAGAGUUUCAUUUCAAGUUGCCAGCUGAGGAAGCAUGAGAGAAUUCACACCGGGGAGAAACCGUACCAGUGCGCAGAGUGCGGGAAACGCUUCACUUACAGUUCUCACCUCACCACGCACAAGCGGACGCACACGGGCGAGAAACCUUACCAGUGCCUGGAUUGUGGGAAAUGUUUCAUUUCUAGUUCUCACUUCACCGCCCAUAAAAGGACGCAUACUGGCGAGAAGCCGUACCAGUGUACCUACUGCGGGAAUAGUUUCAUUCAGCGAUCUCAGCUUGCCAAACAUGAGAGGUCGCACACGGGAGAGAAGCCCUAUAUGUGUUCUGAAUGUGGGCAGAGCUUCCGGUGGAGCCAAGGGCUGAAAAAGCACAUGCGGACUCAUACUGGCGAGAAGCCGUAUGGGUGCUCCGUGUGUGAGAAAACAUUCUCCAGUUCCUUUAAUCUGUCCAGGCAUCAGAAAAUCCAUGUGAGGGGGAAGCUAUAAUGUGGCGCUUUUACACAAAAGAUGGUAGGGCGAUCAGAAUAGCUUGAUACAGGUAGUCCUUUUCAACUCGAAAAAGGGGACUUACAACCUGGAUUCGCAGUUGUGACGGUUAGACCCCCUCCACAGUCAUGUGACAAAAAUUUGGGGUACCUGGCAACUGACUCUUUGCAGUAUCCCACGGUCAUGUGACCACGUUUUUGCAAUGGUUGUUGCAGAAAAUCAGCUCUUGGCAAAACUGCACCCAUAGGAAACCAUCAGUUUGUUUAAGAACCAUGGUGUUUACGUAACGAUGGCUUAAUCUGAUUAUUCAAUUAAUGACCACCAUGAAAGGAUUCAUAAUAUUGGAUUGGUAUUGUUCUAUGACUAUUGUGACAUGACUGUAAUGGGCAGGCUCUGAGCCAGGGGUGCGUGGUGGUUAGAAUGCAGCACUGCAGGUUAUUUCUGCUGACUGCCAGCUACCUGUAGUUCGGCAAUUCGAUUCUCCCUUGUUCAAGGUUGACUCGGGCUUCCAUUCUUCCAAGGUUGGUAAAAUGAUGAUCCAGAUU